UCUUUUUUUUUUUUUUACAGAUUUUUACGCUCAUCGAAUUCGUAUCCAUAUCCAAGGACCCAUUCAUUAGUUGUUGUACCAUCUACUCGGCCACUUAAUGAUGAUAAUGAUAACAUAUCUUAUCUUCCAUUAAAGUCACGUCCGCCAUUAAAUCGUGCUAUACCAACAAUACCUGAAUCAAGAUCGAACGAUUCAAUUAUGACCGAAACAUCUGAACGUCGCGAUGAUCAUUCGAUAGGAAUACAAGCAAAAACAAACAAUAAAUUCAACAAAUUGCCAACAAACAAUCAUUUACCAUCAUCACCGGCUGAAUCAAAUAAUUCGUUGGUUGCUUUCGAUAAGCAAUCACCAAUUAGUUCAAUGUCAAUGUCGAUGAAUACUAUUUCGUCUCUAAAUCAUAAAAUAAAGGCAGAUGUUCCAAGAAGUCCACUUUUAAGUGUUGCACAUUCGGUGCGAACACAAUUAACAAAGCUUGGCAAUCGUUUAGGAGGUAGUAUUGAUAAUCGACAGACAGCGAUUCGUUCCAGCGCUAGUUUAUCAAGGUGA